UUUCCAGCGCUCGGGGACGCCGCUGGGAUUUCUCCACCUGCCCGUCCCCGGUGUUCUCUCUCUCUCUCUCUCUCUCUCUCUCUCUCUCUCUCUCGACCUGCCGCCCCGAGACAGCCUUUCUGCGUGCGAGCUCUGCCCUGCAGCCUCGCGCCGGGAGCCGACCCUCUUCCUUCUGCCCGCGAUCGUGCAGCCGCUUGCACAUUUGCAGGUCGGGAGCGAGACGGGAGCGGCGCGCGCGUUGCUGCGAGCCAGGCAGGCCCCGCCGGUGGGGGGAGAAUCUCAGAAAUCCUGCGCUCCACCAUGAAGUUCCAGUACAAGGAGGAUCAUCCUUUUGAGUAUCGGAAAAAGGAAGGCGAGAAGAUCCGGAAGAAAUAUCCGGACAGGGUCCCUGUGAUCGUGGAAAAGGCCCCGAAAGCCAGGGUGCCUGAUCUGGACAAGAGGAAGUACCUGGUGCCCUCUGACCUCACUGUUGGCCAGUUCUACUUUUUAAUCCGGAAGAGGAUCCACCUGAGACCGGAGGACGCCCUCUUCUUCUUUGUCAACAACACUAUCCCUCCCACGAGCGCGACCAUGGGCCAGCUGUAUGAGGACAACCACGAGGAAGACUAUUUUCUGUACGUGGCCUACAGUGAUGAGAGCGUCUACGGGAAGUGAGUGGCAGAAGCCCGGCAGAUUGGGAGCACCUGGACUCGGGGGGAGAGAAGGGGGGUGUGUGGGACUUGGGGGACGAGAGGGGGGCUCCCACCAUGGAGGAGACAGAAGGUGAAGACAUCUGGAAACACUACACCGCACACACGUCAUCAUAUUUUUACAUGCUCCAUUGAUAGAUUUCCCUGCUUCCUCGGCCCAGGGAGAAGGCGGGUCACGACAGAGCUGUGAGGUUGGCGUUGCCAGGCGGGAGGGCGGCUCAGACUCUCAGUGUGGCUGGGAUUUCGUGGAAGAGGCAGGCGGAGGGCAGGUUGGGGCCAGAGAUAAUUGCGGACCACCAAUCGUUUCCCCUUUCUCCGUCUAAUUGGCACACGCCCGGUAGAGAAAAGGGGUUGGGAGUGUUUUAGGACUCCAGAGAGGGGACCAUACUCGGGGACCAACUGGACGCGUCGCUAAGGCAUUCUGAGCCCUGAUCUCUCCCAUCCGUACACUCACUCCCCCUCGUCUCAUUCAAAAAAAUAAAAAUAAAAAACUCCCACACGAACAUCAUGGUACCGCGCUGGCGUGGGGAGGGGGCAUUGGAGACCGUCGUGUUUCCACGGCGCUCUCUGAGCCCUGGGGAAACCCGGGACCAGGCCCGAGGGAUGUUUAUGGUUAGGAAGAUGGUUUUGGGCAGCUUUCGACUGGAGUCCACUCAGUAUUGAGCACCUCUGUCUAGCCUGCUGGCUCCCUGCAGGCCUUUCCCUCCGCACCCACCUGGGCCCGGAAGGAGCCUCAACCACGACCCAGCCCAGGCUGCGGCCACUGCUCCAGCCUCGUCCAAACGUCCCUGGAGAGGGACAAACAUCUCCUCGGUAGGAGAGGGCAGGUAUGGGGUCCAGCUGAUUUAGUCUGGGCCCCACCUCCCCCCAACCCAGAAUUUUCGCUGCUUCCCCCCCUCCCAACCCCCCCUCGAUGUUUUCCCUUCUGUCUCAUACGCACAGAAACGCUAAUUGAUGGCCAGCUGCUUCCCUCUUGUGAUUUUUUUCUUUUACCGCAGCUGCUAGUUAGGCAAGUUGAAGAGGAAUGCCUUCCCCCAACCCCCCGACCACACCCCAGUAAUUCAGGGGAUUCUGAUGAUUUUGAUCAUUUUUUUCACUUGAUGUGGGGGGUAUGGCAGGGGCGGGGGUGGGGCGCAGGAAUCGCACACGGGCGCGACAUUUCCAUUCAUCUCUGCUCAAGGAAAAAGGGGUUCACACAGAGGGGGGCGGGGGGGACGCUGUGUGUCCGUUGCGUCCGCGGCAGGUUCCUGUAUAAUGAAGUCAAUGCUGUCAGGCCAAGGAAAAUAAAAUUAUUGCAUACUUGGAAAACCCA